AUGCCUCCAGUUUCAGUGAAAACGCCGCCACGAAUCACCAUACCUGAAGACAGCCCCAGCCAGAAUCACCAGAUCCGCCCGACCCCCGAACGUGCUGACUCGAUUAACACCAAAACAACCUCACCGGCACAACGGAGACCUCCGUCUCCGUCUCCUUCGUCCUCACGCGCGAAGCCGUCGCCAGAUCGGGGAUCUGGAAAGAAGAAAUCGCCAGAGAAACAUUCUUUACUUGAUGAGUCGUCGCUGGACAACCCCGAUCUAGGCCCCUUCCUGCUGAAGCUCGCGCGUGACACGAUCGCGUCUGGAGAUGGCCCGAGCAAGGCUCUGGAUUAUGCGCUCCGAGCAUCCAAGUCGUUUGAGCGCUGCGCUGUCGAGGGUGAACCGAGCCUUGAUCUGGCUAUGUGCUUACACGUUGUUGCAGCUAUUUACUGCAGUUUGGGGAGGUUCGAGGAAGCGAUCCCGGUGUUGGACAGGGCAAUUAAGGUCCCCGAAGUUUCAAGAGGUGCAGAUCACGCUCUAGCGGCAUUUUCGGGGUAUAUGCAAUUGGGUGAUACUCAUUCGAUGCUAGGGCAGCUUGAUCGCUCCAUCGAGUGUUACAAAGAAGGGUUAAAAAUUCAGAUGGAGGCCUUAGGCGACACAGAUCCAAGAGUUGCCGAGACUUGCAGAUACUUAGCAGAGGCCCAUGUCCAAGCAAUGCAAUUUGAGGAAGCAGAUACCUUAUGCAAAAGAACCCUAGAAAUCCACAGGGUACACAGCCCACCUGCAUCUCUAGAAGAAGCAGCUGACAGACGUCUAAUGGCACUGAUAUGCGAAGCAAAAGGAGACUACGAAGCAGCUUUAGAACACCUUGUCCUCGCCAGCAUGGCCAUGAUAGCAAACGGACAAGACAACGAAGUUGCAGCAAUCGAUCUGAGCAUAGGCAACAUCUACUUAUCCCUCUCCCGUUUUGACGAAGCCGUGUUCUCAUACCAAAAAGCACUCACAGUCUUCAAAGCUUCAAAAGGCGACAACCACCCAUCAGUGGCCUCUGUUUUCGUCCGCCUUGCUGACCUGUACUACAAAACCGGAAAGCUAAGAGAAUCAAGAUCAUAUUGUGAAAACGCCCUCAGAAUAUACGCAAAACCUGUCCCUGGAACAACCCCAGAAGACAUUGCUAGUGGAAUGACUGAAAUCUCAGCGAUUUAUGAAUCCUUCAAUGAACCCGAAGAGGCUUUGAAGUUGUUGCAGAAAUCAAUGAAGCUUUUGGAAGAUAAGCCAGGUCAGCAGAGUACGAUUGCAGGAGUGGAAGCGCGUAUGGGGGUCAUGUUUUAUAUGGUGGGAAGAUAUGAAGAGGCGAGAGGAGCUUUUGAAAGCGCUGUUGUGAAACUUAGGGCUAGUGGUGAACGAAAGUCUGCUUUUUUUGGAGUUGUUUUGAAUCAAAUGGGUUUGGCUUGUGUGCAGUUGUUUAAGAUCGAUGAAGCUGCAGAGUUGUUUGAAGAAGCGAGAGAGAUUUUGGAACAGGAAUCUGGUCCUUGUCAUCAAGAUACACUUGGCGUCUACAGCAAUCUUGCAGCAACUUAUGAUGCUUUGGGGAGAGUGGAAGAUGCGAUUGAGAUAUUGGAGUAUGUUCUUAAACUACGAGAAGAAAAGUUGGGAACAGCGAAUCCUGAUUUCGACGAUGAAAAGAAGAGGCUUGCAGAGCUUCUGAAAGAAGCAGGUAGGUCACGCAACAAGAAAGCAAAAUCAUUGGAAAACCUGAUUGAUCCAAACUCCAAGAGAACAAAGAAAGAGACAACUUCCAAGAAAUGGUCUGCUUUUGGUUUUAGAAGUUGAUCAAAUCAAACAACAAUUCAUUUCUUUAAAAUAUUCUAUCUAAUUACCACUCUACUAUUAUAGAAGCUUGUGUUUAUGUCUGUCAUAUUGUGUAUAAUAGUGUUUCUUCUCAUUUUCCCACAUCAUUCGAUUCACGCCUUUUUUUUUUUUUUUUUUCGUUAUUGUUGUUGUUGGGGAUUUGACUCUUUGAGUUUGUUUUCUGAAUUUGUUGU